AUGGAGGAGGAAGCCGCGCCAACGCAUCCAAAGCAGAAGAUGCAGGCGAUGGAGAUGAGACUCGACGAGGUCACGCGGCGAUGCGAGAUUCUGAUCAAGAGCCGAGAUCGCGAGCUGAAGGAGAAGACCGAGAUCAUCUCCAAGCUGCAAGAGCGCGUCCUCCAGCAGUCCAAGGACAACAUUGCGCUGGACAGGAAGUGGGACGAGCGGGUCCAGCAGAAGGAAGAAGGGUACGGGAUCCUCGUGGCCCAGCUGAAGCAUGCAGAGGGUCAGAUCCUCGAAGAGCGCGAGAAGACGCUGGCGGCCAAGAAGGAGAUCCAGCGCCGUGAUGCGAGGAUCGUGGAGCUGAAGCAGGAGCACGCAGAGGAGUUGCGGCAGCGGCUGAAGGACAGGACGAUGCUCUUCAACCGGCUGAGAGAGCUGGAGGGGGAGCUGGUGACAAAGGCGAACCGCGAGGAUGAGAUCCGCAAAGAGUGGGAGGCAACCUACGACGAUCUCAGGAUUCGCUCCGACCUGCGGGAAGCCGACCUGGAGAUCGAGAUCGUACGGCGCGACAAAGCCAAGGCGGCCACGGAGAAGGAGCUUCUCACAGUACGAGCACAGUUCGACAAAGCCCGAGUCACCUGGGAGAGCAAGGAGCGGGAGCUCGAGGUGCUCGUGCGAACUCGCGACCGCCUGGUGACAUCUCUGAAGAACGAGAUCGAGCUUGUCGCCGAGUCUUGGGAGGUCAAGUACGACAAGCUGUUGAGCCUGUUCGACAAGCUGCAGAAGAAAUACGACGAGCUGCUCGGUCCUGGUGGCUUAGCGGAGGCUCUGCGGCGAGCUCGUGACCUCAAGGAAGAGAAUGUGGAGCUGACAAAGCUGACACAUGAGCUGAAGGAGAUGAUCAAGAAGCAGAAGCGCCAGAUCAGAGACCUUCAGCUGGACAUCGACAUGCACAUGAAGGAAACAGCCGACCUCAUCUUGCAGAAGGAGCAGGGCAUCGCCGAAAUGGUCGGCGACUACGCCAAGCUCCAAGCAUCCUUCCGCAAGGAGGUGGAGCAGAAGGAUACCGGGGCAAUCUUAAUCAGUGCGUGCACGCCAUCGAUGGCGGACAUAGGCAAUCUGUUGCAGCAGCUCGUUAGUGAGCAGCAGCUGCAACGAUCGCGUGUUGAAGAGUUGGCUCAGCAGGUGGCGCAAACUCAGCAGGGUGUUGCAGGCACCCAAGUUGUGACCGAGCACGUUGUAGGAGAAGUGGUUCAGCAGGUGCAGUUGGCUUUUUCCCAGCAGCAGCAAGCGACGACGGACCAGCUCACGCAGCUGGCGCACACAGUUCAAGGGCAACAGACUGGGAUUGAUCAGAUGUCACAGGUCAUUUCCAGCGUAAGUGCUUUGCAGCAGCAGAUGCAAGCUUUAGCGCAUAAUGUUUCUAGCGUACCUGGCUCAAGCACGUCUCAAGCAGCAGCGGUUGGAAGCAAUCCAACAGUUCAGGCUCAAGCACAGCAGCCCGCAGCUACUGCGGCAGUGGUUGGAAGCAGUCCGACAACUCAAGCUCAGCAGCCCGCAGCUACGCCGUUUGGUGCCGUGCCCGGUCCGCAAGUUUCGUCCCAAGUUCCUCUUCAAGGACCUCAGCUUUUCAACCUGGCCGGGAGCGCCCGGGUGAACCCAGCAGUGGCUUACGCCAUCCAGCAAGGAGCUGUUGAUCAGAAGAACCUUGGGAAGCCUUCUGUGUACGAUGGAAGCAAAGAGGCCAAGCAAAGCUUUCAUGAUUGGCAAGACACCAUGGUCACUUUCCUUGAUGCUAGCAUGCCUGGCAUAUGGGAGGUGCUUGAGUGGAUCGCGAAUGAUCAGCCAAAGACGACGCUGGAUAAGGAUGCUGUCAAGCGGCAUUUUCCUGACGUGGACCCGUUGCUGAUUGAUUACGCAGACUCCAACAUCUACGCGUGUCUCAGCUCCUACACUGGAGGCGAGCCCAAAGCUUUGGUCAAGCAAGCCCGAAGGCCGAACGGCUUUGAGGCUUGGCGAAAGCUACAUGCGCGCUUCAACCCAGCCACAGUCGGGCGGCAGCGCGCCAGCCUGACGCGCAUCACCAGCCCGCCGGAGAAUGUCCCGUUAGGUCAACUCGGUGGUGAGAUCAUCGCGUGGGAGAACCGCAUCAUCGAGUACGAAGCCCGUCCAGGCUCAGAUGUGGUGUCUGAGAAUCUCAAGAUAGCCACAGUGAUCGCUAUGUGCCCAGGCAAGCUACGCGAACAUCUCAACCUGAACUCCCACCGGUUCAAGACCUACCAGGACAUCAGAGAGGAGAUCUUCGGCUACUUCGAGACGACGUACCAGGUGUCAAGCACGGCCAUGGACCUCGGUGCAGUGAUCAGAAAGAAGGGUCCCUGCUGGAUCUGUGGUGGUGAGCACCUGGCGUUUGAGUGUAGAAAAGGUGGUGGCAAGGGCAAGGGCUUGGGCGCAAAAGGCUCUGGCAAGUUCGGCGACGGCAAAGGCAAGGACCACUUGACAGGCAAGUCUGGUGGCAAGGGCAAGGGUGGUGGCAAGCCAGGAGGACGCGGCAAAGGUGCUGGCAAAGGCAAGCCAGCAGCGACUUCAACGACGGCUUACUGCCCCUUUUGCCGAAAGUUGGGCCACUCCAAGGAGCAGUGUUGGCACAAGCCGAAGUCUCUGGCCAGCAUUGAUCCACAGCUCAGUGCUUUGCAGUCUGCCUUCGCCAAGGCUGCCAUGGAGGUCUACCAAAACCAGCAGAGCUCCAGCAGCCAGUCCGUGCCUGUGCAGUUUGUGCAGUCCACGAGUGCUGGCCUUAGCUCGGCACCAGCGCAGACCACGGCCACACCAAGCAGCACAGCCGCAGCAAAAGCAGCCGCAGCAGCCUCAACAGCAGGAGCACCAGUCAGCCACUUGCAGGUCCGUCGUUUGAACAGUCUGCACGUGUACCUUCCUGGAAGGGAAAGCGUCAACGGCUUGACUUCGGCGCCUUCGGCUUCAAGCCACAGCGCGCCAGCAGGAAGUUACAGAGUUCAGGCCACGUUGGACUCCGGUGCAGCCGCCUCAGUCGCCCCCAAGCAAGCUUUCCCUGAUUACCCUAUCAGGGCUACAGAAAGUUCUGAGGGAGGCCUCGCUUACGCAGCUGCAAACGGAGGCUUGGUGCACGAUGAGGGUCGUGUAGAGCCUGUUUUCACCACGGACGAGGGCUUGAUGCUUGCGGUUGGCUACAGCGUCGCAGAUGUUCACAAGGUCUUGACGUCAGCAGCAAGUGUUUGCAACAAAGGCUUCGGCAUUUGGCUAGAUGGUGUGGGGUGCGAGUCCUACAUCAUAGACAAGACCACAGGUGACAAGAUCAUGUUGUGGCAAGAGGACGGGGUGUACGUCUACAACAUGAACGGCGCAGACGCCGCCCCUGCAGACACAGCUGCCGGAACAAUGCAUGAUGUUUACGAUGAUCAUUUGAGCGACUACUCACCUUCACUUGCCCAAGACGAGGAGCUUGAUGGGGUGAUGCCGCCGAAUACCGCAGCUACAGAGGACGACGAUCCUUCAGCUUUCGGCGCGCCCGCAGCGGAAGCAGCACCAGCAACAGACUUCGAUGCUGAAGAGCUUGAGGUGAUGGAAGCUGAAGAGGGAUCUGUAGCUCGUGGGUUGGCUCAGCCCAGCCAGCCCACUGCACGUGAGGAUGAUAUCAGUUUACCUUUGCUGAUCAUUCGAGACAACAAGAGCAAGCGAGUUUUUACACACAGUUUGCCUAGCAAAGGGGUGCAUCAGUACAGUGUGGCUAUUGCAGCGAGAAGUAUCAAACAGCUAGGCUAUGCUCAAGCGAUCUUGAAGACCGACACAGAACGCCCAAUUUUGGCUUUGCGCAAUGAGCUCAUCAAGCAGAUGCCGAGUUUGAGGCCCGAGGAUGCAGUCAAAGGGGAGUCUCAAACGAACGCUGAAGCUGAAUCUAUGGUUUCCAAGAUGCAAGGCCAAAUCAGGACAAUGAAAGAUGCUUUAGAGUUCAAGUAUGACAUGAAGUUGCACCCUAGACACGUGAUUCUACCUUGGUUGGUGGAUUUCGCCGGCGCAGUAUGGAGCAGAUACCAGCUUGGCCCAGGCGGCAGAACAGCCUACGAGCGUUCUACCGGCAAACAGUGGAAACAGAAGCUUCCUGAAUUCGGAGAGUGCGUGUUUUAUCGCCCUUUGAGAGAGAAAGGCGGAAAGCAGCGCAAGCUUGACGCAAAGUUCGAGGACGGCAUCUUCCUUGGCGUACAAGAAGGCUCAGCUUUGAAGUGGAUAGGAACUUCGGAGGGCGUGCUUCGAGCUUGGAGUUUGAAGCUCAAGCCCCCAAGUGAUAAGUGGGACCGUAAGCAGCUUGAUGCUAUUCUUGGACUGCCUUGGGGAUUGCGGCCUCCAAAGCCGGAUCAGGGAGCAGUGAGCCCAAUGCUUGAGCGUCCUCUGCAGAUUGACUUGCCAGAGGCGCCUGCGCAAACAGUGGAAGAGCCAAGCGAGAAACAGAAAGACUAUCUACCUCGAGGUGUAUAUCUCCGCAAAGACGUGGAGUUUGCCAAGCAUGGCUACACACCUGGCUGCGACGGAUGUAUCGCGGCGGAAUUCGGAAUGGCCCGUCGCCAUCACACUCCUCAGUGUCGUUCCCGUCUUUAUGAGGCCAUGAUGCAAGAUGAGCAGGGCAAGGCUCGAAUAGAGCAGGCCCGACAGCGCGAGAUGCGCUACUUUGAGAAAGUUCGUGAGGACAUGGAGGCUGUAGAGAAAUCUGCAGUCCCAGACAAGCGUCCUGCGGAUACCGAUCUCGCAGUUCCCGAAUUUGAUUUGCCUCUCCAGCGAGACAGCUCAACGUCAGCCUCGGCGAAGCAGCCUAGGCUUGCGCCGUCCGCACAGGGCGGUGUGGUGCAUGAAGGGCCUCAGUUAGCGGAAGGCGGUUCAAAUCCGCCAUUUGUUCAGGAGGGCCAAACUGCAGAUGCCGAGAUGGGCCUUGAGGCGCAGCAACUGGCACUCCAAGAUCCCUUCAUGGAUAUCGAGAGGAUCACGAUCGAGCUCACCGAGGAGAAGCGUGCGAUCGUCGCUUCCUUCUCCGCGCGCAUCGAACAGCUCGAGCAGCUGGUGGAAGCCAUGCGCUUCACCGAUCGCGAGGAGCUGGUGAACACCAUCGACGUUUGGAAGCGCGCUUACGAGAGGAUCUGCAUCGCGCGAGACGAGAUGGAGGAAGACUUCGAGUCUCAGCUGGUGAUGAAGGACAAGCAGCUGAGGCAACACACGCAGCAAGUUCGCGUGGAGCAGCUGUGA